AUGGAAAUGACAACUUUUCAGGAAAGAUCUCGCAAAGUGCAAGUCACCAUUUUGGCCUCUGAAUGGGGAUCAAGCAAAGGAGGGUUAUCAACCUUAAACAGAGAAUUAGCCAUUCAGCUAGCUAAAUGUCCUGAAGCGGAAAUCACUUUCUUUCUUCCAAAAUGCAGUCAAGAGGAUGAAAAGUUAGCCCUUCAACACAACGUAAAGAUCGUUGAGGCAUCACGCCGACCUGGCUUUGAAGAACUGGAGUGGCUUACCUUUCCACCCGAACAUUUACAAAUAGAUGUAAUCGUUGGUCAUGGAGUUAAACUGGGUAAACAAGCACAAAUCAUUAAAGAACGUAAGAACUGCAAAUGGAUCCAAGUCGUACACACAGACCCAGAAGAACUGGGAAUGUUUAAGAACUAUUCCAACCCAAUUUCCAAGGGUGAAGAGAAACAUAAAACAGAGGUAAAGUUGUGUGAAAUGGCGGACCUCGUUCUAGGAGUUGGGCCCAAGUUGAGUGAGGCCUUCCGUUCGUAUCUUCGAGGCUGCCAAAAAGAUAAAAGUGUAGUGGACUUGACGCCUGGAGUAUUUGAAGAGUUUUUCAGCGUGAGACAGGUUGUGGAAGAAAGAAAACAAUGCAAUGUCUUGGUGUUUGGUCGUGGGGACGCAGAGGAUUUCGAACUAAAGGGAUUUGACAUCGCUGGCAAAGCUGUUGCACCAUUAGAAGAUACUCGUCUUGUGUUUGUUGGCGCCCAAGAUGGAAAACACGAAGAAAUAGCGAAGCGGUUAACCGGAUGUGGUGUUCCUGCAAGUCGCUUGAGAGUAAGAGGAUUUAUGGAGGACCGAGAGAGUUUAAAGCGCUUGUUUCAGGAAGUGGAUCUUGUAGUCAUGCCUUCACGAACGGAGGGCUUUGGGUUGGCAGGACUUGAGGCCCUGUCAGCUGGUCUCCCUGUGCUUGUCAGCCGCAAUGUUUGGAGAAGCACUGUGCAGUGUACCAUUUUUUGGUUCCUUUUCCAUCCUUUGUAUCCUUUUCCAUCCUUUUCCUUUUCCAUCCUUUGUAGUAAAUUCAGAGGACCCCACUGAUUGGACUGCAGCCAUCUCGAAAAUAUGGGCCAAGGGCAGAAAAAGUCGACUUGAGGAAGUGGAAACUUUGCGCGAUUCGUACGACAAGACAUACAACUGGGCCAAACAGAUAAAAGAUCUUCUUCACAAGAUGAUCAGCUGGACUAACGGUAUGAAUGUAAAUGACACUUUUUUAUUGUAUUUUGAUUUAAGCACUAUGACCACGCCUGCUGAUAAUGGCAGCAAAUUUUAGUUUUGUUAAUUUAACCCCUCCUUUAAAUCAACAAUUUUUUAUGUUUAGGUCGGGCUGUCCACUCUAAAAAAUUUAUUUGGAUUACUUAAAACGCUGUCUAGGAUGAAAAGAAACAAAGUUUGUUUCUUGUAAAUGGUGUUAUAUACAACCAAAGUUUACGGAAUCCAGAAAACAAGAAACCUGAGCGGUUUUACUCUUCCAUACAUUCCUAAAAGACAACAAUCUUGUCAUUUUUUCUGCAGUUGAUUUUUCAAAUGUCCAGAGCUUCCCCGAAACAAUAGGUGGAACCGUUGUAUCUUCUCAGCUGGCUUCUCAGGCUACAGGAGGCACGACAGAGAAACAUGCAGGUAACCCUUAAAUCUAAAGCGUGAUCGGAAUAAACAGCGUCGACGAUUUCUCUUCCAAUUCUGUUUUUGAUGGUCGGUUACGGUCCAAUGCCGGAGUCACCUUUUAAACUCUAUAACAGUUAUCCCGCUAUAGAACUCAUUUCUAGUCUUUUGAGAAGAGGAUCUAGAGCGGAAAACUUGGUUGCGUUCACAGCGGCAAUAACCUAAUUUCGCAGGGAUUUAAGUAAUGGUCGCUUACGCGAUCAUUUCUUGCCCUCGGUAAUGAAUGCAUGACAGAACAACUAAGCACAUAUGAUAAACAAUUUUAACCCUUCAAAGUUAAUUGUCUCAGUUCGUUCCUGUAGUACGUUUCAGAAACGAAACGUCUAUGGAUAUGACACUGAUUGCCUUUUGUAUCUUAUUUGUUUGUAAGGUGAGUGUGGGGUUGAAAGGAGGAAAAGAAACAUUGAGGAGGACAUCGCGAAGAAACUUCAAACUGGAGCAAUGGCCUCAAAGACCAUGCGCGAUAUCGUGGCUUCCGGAUCAACAAGUAAGAGCUCAUGAUAAAGCUCAACUUCGCUGCGUCCCAGCAUCAGUCUUCUCUUUUCCUUUCUCUUGCUUUGCUUCAAGUGUUCCUUAUCUGUUCUGUUGUUUUGUUACUUCGUUGAAAUCCCACGACUGUCUUCUGCAAAACAGUCCCUUUCAAAAUUGAUCAUAUUUACGGUCGUUCUGAAAAAUGUCGACAAAGGAGACAUUCUCUUGGGAGCAACGCUUGGUUUGUGAUGAGAAUAGGCUUUUAAGCGAAUAAUGUCUAUACAGUGUACUUCGAUUUUAACACACGUACUGUAUCUUAAAGGAUUUUACUUUACUAGAUCUAGUAAACAAAUAAUGAUUUUGUUUGAUUCUUCUUUUAGAUCUUGAUUCAACUCAGUAUACCUCCACCAAGGGGAGAUCAAAUUAUUCCUGGUUAUGUCGUGUUCUAAUCAGCUUGGGUUCAAAAGCCCUCAGAGAAACGUUUGACAGAAUAAUCCCUCCACCAAGUCUGCAACGCGUUCUGAAACGGAACCCAGCACACUCUAAACUUCAGUCACGUCGAAAGGAAGGGAUACUAAACUCAGUCCAGUGGAGUAAACUGUAUCCUACCACACCCUCCGAAGUUUCGUCGGCGGGCUUCGACAUCCCCCUGCUUAUGGUUCUUCUAAGGACAAUCUGUGAUCUAAGUCCUCCACCCGCUGGUUGGGAUGCUCCUCCUCUUCCCGAAGACCUAAGCCGUGAGUCUGACAUUGCGCGUCUGACAUAUUUCUUCAACGCCGUGUCCAGUCAUACUGGAGAAGGUUUUGUUAGUGAUGCUGUAUUCAGUAGCUACUGGCAGCAGAUCCAUGACACUCUGGUACGAUUGGGAGGAGCUGAUUAUGAAGAUGUCAUUGAGCAAAUGAGGUGUCAGGAAAUGGACGUCCUAAGUGAGGAACAUUUCAGAGAACUUCUCAAGCAGUGGAGAAAGGUGGAGGACAAUAUCAAAGACAAACUGAAUGAACUGGAAAGCACAGAGGCUUUAAAGAUGACAGGUAAUAAUAAUAGUGAGGUUUUCAGGAACUAUUUACAAUUUAUAAAAGCAAAAAUGACAAUAAAAACUCGAAAUCACAAUUUAUGAUGGUAUUCUACUAAAUUCUAGAGCUUAUGAAGGAAAGGUGAGCUUUGGUGGUAAAAAUAUGUCUGCUGUUUGUAUUAACAUGGCUAGAGUUUUUCAGAAUUAUUAUAAUUGUAUAAGAAAAAUUUCGAUGUGGUCAGAUUGGCAACGAACGGUAAUGUUUGUUAUGUGCUUUGCUAUAUAUAACUAGGUCCUGCCUAAAAAGGUAAAAUUGUCAUUGAACGUUUUUAAUUUAUCUAAAGAUUAGGCAAACGUACGUUUUGCGAAGAGACUAGAUGCUGAGUCUGAAUCACGCUAGGUCUUGAGUAGACUGUCUUCCAACGUAUUUUGAUAACCCUGAAUCUGAAGAUUGCUAUGAAAUUGCAAUCUUCAGAUUAAGUGGAGGCGUUGUCCUCCACAUACAAAUAUGGUCUGUUCCUUAAAGUUGAGCCCUUCUCCCACGGGAGCAAUCGUGGAUAGGUUGAACUUACUGCAAUAUUGAACACGAUUGAUUUUUUUCCCAGGCGUUGAAAUAAGUAAUGUGUAGGCCCUAGUAACGUGCAGUGAAAAUUGAUUUGCUUGGAAAUAACCCAUUUUUGUAGGUUACAUGUAAAACAAUAGCUUACUAAAAUAAUGAUACUUAUGAAAGAAGAGAAAUGUUAUAAAUGUACUCGCGAAGACAAGUAGUAUAGUACAGACGAACUAACGGAGGGAUAAAAGUGUAGAGGAAAAGACUUCUGUAGUCCUAGCUGACUCGCAUCCGAAGACGCAGUGAGAACAUAAAGCUACGUCAGUAAGAAAAGAAGACUAAUAACUAACCGUACCGAAAAUCUCGCGUAAGACAACAAGAGUAGUUGGGAGAUGUAGAGUCACGUAGUAGACAAGCGGCAAACGUGAGAUCAAUUUUGCAAUUUUUCAAACUAGGAGAUGAGCAGAAAAAACUGUCUUAAAUAUUUUUAGUUGUAGAUAAACCUAAACCGUCUUUUUUAAAAUAGAAUAAACAGUAGGUGACAAGUAAAGGGAAAACUUAUUGACGUGAUACAAUUUGAUGUUUGCCGUAAACGUGAUUCUAAGUCGUGAUGUAGACACAAUCGACUACAACAGCAGGAAUGGUCUGACGUACAGCAAAGCGAUAAGAAGGCUAGACUACCACCACAUGAACGCAGCGACGUAACAAAAAGCGGUAACGAAACAUGACCUACAUAUAUUGACAUACGGGAACAGUUAAUUCCAUAGAGAGGAAAUUAUGUACGGGAAAACGGUUUGACCUGGAAAUGAUUACGCACGAACAAAACUAGAACAACAAAUGAACAAGGAUUUUGAUUUAACGAGCGGACUCAAAAGCGAGCUGCAAGCGCAGUACAUUCCCAGCUGCAAUAAGAUUUUUUAAAAAUUUUCUUUUCCAUACCUGUUGACAAUGGUAACUGGGCUGGGCACAAUCGAAGGAUUCCUUUUUCUUUUUAGGGUUUUCUUUGGCGGCAAAAUAGACUGUUAACGGUCCCCUAUUGUCAGGAUCGAAGGCUUUUCGGUACGGGCGGCCUUCUUGGUUAGGCUUUGUUUCGGACAUUGAAACCCAGAUGGCCACCCUUAAAGCAAAGCGUUCGAUCUCGACGAUCUUACGGAAAAGCAGGGGAUUGUGGACAGUCUAGCGGAAAAACAAGCUCAUGUUAUGAUCUUUUUAACUUCUGGUCGAUGAAACAAAUAACAAGCAGUUACGGAAACCUUUUUUCAAGGUGAAACGAAAAUCACUCUAAUAGGGCACGAACAAGGCGACAUACGGAAAAGCGGUGAGAACACAACACUAAUGCCAUACGAAUAAGCCGACGUACGGAAGUGAGGUUAGAAGACAAUACUCAGUAUACGUUUUCUGUCCCACUAGCACUGUCCUGUGUUAUACAAUUUCCACUAUAAACAGUAAUUAUCGGACAAGAUGACCGACCAUUAAUUGUUAGGCUGACAUAGUCGCGGUUGACCUGCCUUUAUUUCAAGUCUUGGUUUUCGUACAAUGUAAAUCUCGAAGAGGUUAGUUUAGAAGAAAAUAGUCAUCCCACACUAACUCAUUAACCAACGAGAGGACCUACGGAAAAAUGUUUAAAAGGCAGUGCUAAUACGGAAGAAUCUGGAAAUGUUGGAGGGAGAAACGCAGGGUAACAUUGGUAGUAUUGUUGAUUUUUAAGUGCGCUUUCGUAGAUGUCAGUAUGAUUUCUGUCCAACUGCGCAUUGUUACACAAUUUCCACUAUAAACAGUAAUUAUUGGACACCAUGACCGACCAUUAAUUGUUGAGCUGACGCUGACAUAGUCACGGUUGACCUGCCUUGAUUUCAAGUCUUGGUUUUCGUGCAAUGUAAAUCUCAAUGCGUGCAUUCCUUUUCAUAUUUGCAGCAUUGAAACCUCAACACACGUAAUUUACGCAAGCCAAACAAAAUGCAGGUUAUGAUUUUUUUUUUUUGCAUUUUUUUAGAUUUUUCAUUCCCAAACGAAAUUGUGGAAAAGAUUCGUCAACUCUACGGAACACGCGAACAACGCCUCCUGCCCGUUCCUUGGUGUGAAGAUUUCAGCUUUCACCUGAAUGAAAUUUUUACCAGGUUAAAGAUCGUGAGCAAAGAAAAAACCCGAGGAGUACUUACUGACGAUAUUACAAAUAUGACUGCAAUCUUCAAGGCGCACUCAGAAUGCCAAAGGCCGCGAACAGUCUUGAUUGAAGGAGACCCUGGCAUGGGUAAAAGCACGUACUGUCAGAAGCUGGCUUAUGAUUGGGCAACUAAGCAGAAGGAGUUGGACCCCUCUUUUCCAGACAUCGACGUGCUACUACUUCUCAAAUGUCACGAAGUGAAAUCUAGCAUCUGGAAAGCUAUUGAUGAUCAAAUUCUUCCUGCGGAAAUUGACGAUCAAGCUAGAGAAUGUUUCUUCAAAAUCGUUCGUGAAAAUCAGUCGAAAGUCCUGUUAGUACUUGAUGGAUUAGAUGAAAUGGACUCCACUGAAAUGAAAAUAAUCUAUAACUUGGUUGAGGGUAAAGAACUUUCAGGUUGUCACGUAAUGCUCACAUCUCGUCAUGAGGUAGGGAGGAAACUAAGGAGGUAUUGUGACACUCUGUGGGAGAUUGUAGGGUUCACCGAACAAGAUGCAAACAGUUUUAUUCGUACGUACUUUGAAAACAUCAACAGGGAGGACCUACUGGGGAAUUUCCUGCAACAGAUUCGGUAUUCGCGUGAGUUGAGAAACUUGUCGAAAAACCCCCUAAACGUAACCUUACUUUGUGUUCUUUGUGAAGAUUUAGAGGGCGUUUUUCCAACGAGCAGGACUGAAUUGUACACCGAGAUUGUCCUUUGUGUCUUAAGACGAUAUGAAAAAAAGCAAGGAUUGUCGUGCAAAAGUGAAGACCUUAUAAGCAUCUACAGAGAGGAUCUAAUACAUCUGGGACGAGUGGCGUUACACGCUAUUCGAAAAGGACAGCUAUAUUUUGAAGAACACGAGUCUGGGAGUACCUCUGUUGCUUUAUCCAAGUUUGGAUUUCUUUCAGUCCAGGCUAGUGGCUGUAAGAGGAAAGCUCUUGUACGUUAUGCAUUUCUCCACAAAAGCUUCCAGGAGUUCUUUUCUGGAUUUUAUCUUGCUUGCCAAAUUGUUGAUGGAGGUAUUGACUGUGUCACAGUAGUAGAAGACGAAAAAUUUAAAGGUGAACUAAAGCAAGUCUUUUUGUUCAUGGUUGGAAAUUUAGCCUCGACGAGCAAGGAGGCAGCAGAGUCUGUUAUUGGAACUAUGGCUGAAAAGAUUAAUUUAGUAGAUCCAGAUUGUAAGAAAGACAUUUGUGUAUUAUUUCAUUUAGCCUUAGGCUGCAUUUUAGAGUGCACAAGUUUAUCUCGUACCCUAGGGUUACACCUUCACAUAAGCGAUUUAGAUUUGAGUAGUACUCGAAUUUAUGAUUCUGGUGCUGCUUCUCUUUCGCAGGUUCUUGCAGCCAACUCCUCCUUAACCAGUUUGAAUUUGAGAGAGAAUGGGAUUGGCGAUUCUGGUGCUGCUUCUCUUUCCCAGGUUCUUGCAACCCACUCCUCCUUAACUAGUUUGGGUUUAGGUAGGAACGAAAUUGGUGAUUCUGGUGCUACUUCCCUUUCCCAGGCUCUUGCAGUCAACUCCUCUUUAAUCAAUUUGGGUUUGGGUGGGAACAACAUUGGUGAUUCUGGUGCUACUUCCCUUUCCCAGGCUCUUGCAGUCAACUCCUCUUUAAUCAAUUUGGGUUUGGGUGGGAACAACAUUGGUGAUUCUGGUGCAGCUUCCCUUUCCAAGGCUCUGGCAGUCAACUCCUCUUUAACUUAUUUGGAUUUGGGUGUUAACAACAUUUCUGUGUCUGGUGCUACUUCCCUUUCCCAGGUUCUUGCAGUCAACUCCUCUUUAACUUAUUUGGAUUUAGGUGAGAACAAAAUUCAUGGUUCUGGUGCAGCUUCCCUUUCCCAGGCUCUUGCGACCAACUCCUCCUUAACUGGUUUGGAUUUGAGUAAGAACGUCAUUCGUAGUUCUGGUGCUACCUCCCUUUUCCAAGCUCUUGCGAACAACAACUCCUUACUCAGUUUGAAUUUAAGUGGGAACGGCAUUGGUGAUUUAGGUGCUGAUUCCAUUUCUCAGACUCUUGCAGUCAACUCCUCUUUAAUUAGUUUGGAUUUGAGUGAAAAUCAAAUUACUGAUUUCGGUGCUGCUUCCCUUUCCGAGGGUCUUCGGACCAACUCCUCUUUAACUAGUUUGGAUUUGAAAUUAAACUUUAUUGGUCAUUGUGGUACUGCUUAUCUUUCCGAGGCUCUUUCAGCCAGCUUCUCCUUAAAUAGUUUGGAUUUGUUUGGAAACUACUGUACUGACGAUGAUUAUGAUGUUCUG